GACCAUGUCUCCCCACUAAAACCAAUUUCUUUUCUUCUUCAUAUCCAACAAGACUCCUGCUCUCUCAAGUCUUUCUUUACUCUCUCUCUCUCUCUCUCUCUCUCUCUCAAUUUUCCCAUCUGUUUUCUAAGAACUGGGUAACCAUGAGAACAGAGACUCUGGAGUUCUGCGCAAGAAAAAGGCUCGAAUUUGAGCUGAGAGAAUACAACGAAGAUCCCCCAGCAAACAUCAGUUUUGGCCCGACUAGCGAUGAAGACAUGUUUCAAUGGCAAGGCAUCAUAUUUGGGCCUCUCGAUACACCUAUCGAAGGUCAAAUUUUCGAGCUUUCACUCAAGUUUCCCAUUGAUUAUCCUUGCAAGCCUCCGAAAGUAAAGUUCGAAACUCAGGUUUUUCAUCCAAAUAUAGGCGUGGAUGGCAGUGUUUACCUCAACAUAUUAGAAGAUGAGUGGAGUUCUGCUCUAUCCGUAGAGAAGUUGUUGCUUUCCAUAAGUUCAAUUCUCCUCGAUCCAAUGCUACUAGACGGUCUCUUCCAGUAGAUUUUUUUUUGUAGUAUUCUAACUAUUGGAAUUGUUUGAGCAAUUCGCGUAAUGGUCGACCUCGUGCCACUUGAUUUUGAGUACCUUUGUCAAUAUAUGAACCGAAAUUGUGCAAAGACUUCUAAUUCGGCCAAUUGGGUCAAGUCCAAAUUUUAUUUACCAGCUAAUGUUUUCA